CUCCUCCCCGAUAUUCCCCGCACAUCCCCGGCUGUUUUUCCAGCCUUUUCCAGGCUGGGGAAGAAGUUUGCAGCGAGGCAGAGCUGAAAGGAGCGAGAAUUGCUGCAGGAUAAACGUGGGCAGCCCUGCAGUGGAUCCAAACAUUCCCCAGUAAUGGUUAACCUGGGAUAAGGGACACGCUCCUGCUGAAGGACAAUGACACCCCGCAUUUAUCUUUAUUAUGCUGCCUUCUCCUGGCUAAUUCUGCACCAGUGGCAUCCCCGUUCUCCUGCUUUCUGCACAGCAUCCAAAGGUUGACUCGGACUUGCUUUGCUGCAGCUUUUUGUUCAGAUGGAUGGAACGCUCCCAUCAAGGUUGUUUACCCAGUAAAUGGAUCCCUGAGGAGCUGCAAGGCAAAAAUAUUCUCCUGGGAGCUGAUUUCCUCAUGCUUUUCUUUGAGCUGCUGCAAGAACAUCCCAGGAAGAUGGAGGAGCCCUCCACCUAACACAGCUCUCCUUUGUGGAAUGCUCAGUGGAAAAGAGGCACCAUUCCAGCAUGAACUCCAGUGCAUACCAGAAUUUUGAUGCCAAGUGCUUCAAGGAUGAAGACUUCAUGUAAUUGCUGUGGGAUUCAGGACUGCUGCACUCUCAUUCUUCUGACUGUUCAACAAGAUUAUCUGAAUGUUUAAUUGGACUAUGAUAAGAAGACAGGAUCUGGAAGUGAAAGAUGAACCCACUUCAUUCAAAGAAAUCAAGAUUUUUGCUGUCUGUUGCAGUCUGUAUGUUCAUCUACACCUUCAUUUACCUAAAGGCUCCACUUUAUGACGAGUCAAAUGACCAAAAAUUCCGUGUCAAAAGAGCAGAGUGUGGUUUUUACCCGGAUGAACUUUGCUCAGCUCUUUUUGUGGGGAAACCUGCAGCCUUUAAAAUUGGAAACUUUUGUCAGAAGUCCUACCAGCCCAAAGCACUGAGCUGCAUUCAGACUUCCUGCAGCUGCUCCACGGUCCUGAAGACUCUGCAUUUUAUCACCAGGCCACUGUCAGAGGAAGAAGGAAAUUUCUCCUUGGCCUACAUUAUUACAAUUCACAAGGAGCUGGAAAUGUUUGUGAGGCUGCUAAGAGCUAUUUAUAUGCCUCAGAAUAUUUACUGCAUCCACAUUGAUGAGAAGUCACCCAGAGAUUAUAAAACUGCUGUACAGAACAUAGUAAACUGCUUUGAAAAUAUUUUUAUUUCCUCAAAAAGAGAACAUGUUGUUUAUGCAGGGUUCUCAAGAUUACAAGCUGAUAUUAAUUGCAUGAGAGACCUCGUUAACUCCAAAGUUCAGUGGAAUUAUGUUAUUAAUCUGUGUGGUCAGGAUUACCCCCUGAAAACAAAUAAAGAAAUCAUACAAUACUUAAAAAGUAAGUGGAAUGGUAAAAAUAUCACUCCUGGGAUAGUCCAGCCCGUUCAUGUGAAGCACAGGACAGAGGUGAGCUACAGGGAGUACAUCCAUUCUGGGGUGCCCUACGUGUACCCAGCAAAGAUCAGGAAAGCUCAGCCUCCACACAACCUGACCAUUUAUUUUGGCAGUGCCUAUUACAUCCUCACCAAGGCCUUUGUGGAGUUUACUCUGAGUGAUGCCCGAGCAAAAGCUCUGCUGGAGUGGUCCAGGGACACCUACAGCCCUGAUGAGCACUACUGGGUCACCCUCAAUCGUUUACCUGAUGCUCCAGGGGCUACACCCAAUGCAGGCUGGCAAGGAGACCUAAGAGCCAUUAAAUGGAAAGAUCAAGAAGGACUCUCACACAAAGGCUGCAAAGGUCGCUACGUCAGAGACAUCUGCAUUUACGGCCUGGGGGAUCUGCAGUGGAUCAUCGAGUCCCCUCACCUGUUUGCCAACAAGUUCGAGGCGGGGAGGGAGCCGCUGGUGCUGGAGUGCCUGGAGAGGCGGCUGCGGCUGCAGGUGCUGCGCCAGGCUCAGGUGCCCAUCGAGCAGCACUGGCGCCUGCAGCAGUGCAGCCACUUCGACAUGCAGCUGGCUCCUGAGCCCAGCCCUGCCCACAGCAACGGGCAGCGUGCUGGUGGGGAAAAAUAA